CCAAAAGACAAUUUCUCUCAAUCGCUCGAAAAUAAAAUCUCCCAAAUCUCACUCUCCCCAAAUUCUUAAAAAAAAAAAAAAUUAAUUUUAAUUUUUCUUAUUUUCUCAAUAGAUCCUUCAACUUUUCCUAAUUUUCGUUUUCGUCAUUUCUAUUCCGAAAAACCCUAAUUCCUAAACGAAACCUUAUCGAUUCCGAUCGAAUUAGGUCUCCAAAUUUCAUUUCAAAUCCAAAAAUAUUUUAUUUUAUUUUCUCAACAGAUCCUUCAACUUUCCCUAAUUUUUGUUUUAGCCUUCCUAUUCUGUAAUCGAAACCUUAUCGAUUCCGAUCGAAUUAGGUUUCCAAUUUUCAUUUCAAAUCCUAAAACUUUUAAUUUUAAUUUUUUUCUUAUUUUCUCAACAGAUCCUUCAACUUUUCCUAAUUUUUGUUUUUGCCUUCCUAUUCCCAAAAACCCUAGUUCCGUAAAAUCGAAACCUUGUCGAUCUAGGUUUCCAAUUUUAGGUUUUCGUCUGUUUUAAGGUUAGGGCUUAGUUUCUGUGAUUACAUGUAUGUAUCUAUUCAGAUGCAAAUGAUUUUAAUUUUCAUUUCGAAUACAUAGGGUUUUAGAGAGAAAUUUUCGAUUUUUUUAAGGGUUUUGGGUGUUUUAGGGUUCUGUAAUUACGUGUAUGUAUGGAUUCAAAUGCAAACGAUUUGAAUUGUAGAGAAAGUAUACGUUGGGGCGAUAAUUACAAAGUAUAUACACGUAAGCGCCGCCGCAAAACCCUAGAAAAUACUAACACCACCACCGCCGAUGACGUAGCAGUAAUUCAAUUUAGGGAUUCUUCUCGUAAAGCUGAGGUAGUAGUAGUAGAUGUGAGUAACGAUGAAUGUACACGUGGCAGUGAAUUACGGGACCCAACAAAUGUGGAGAAUCAUAGAGAUGAAACACAAAGUUGCAAUCUUGAAGUGGAGAAUAAUAAUAAUAAUGGGUAUGUUGUUAUUUCAAGAAUUCAAGAUAGCGAUGAACAUACACGUGGCAGUGCUAGAGAUGGGGAAUUGCAGGAGGGUUCAUGCAGUAGAGAUGUGGAGAAUCAUAGAGAUGAACCAGAAAGUUGCAAUCUUGAAGUGGAGAAUAAUAAUAAUAAUGGGUAUGUUGUUAUUUCAAGAAUUCAAGAUAGCGAUGAACAUACAUGUGGCAGUGCUAGAGAUGGGGAAUUGAGGGACCCAACAGAGGGUUCAAGUGGUAGAGAUGUGGAGAAUCAUAGACAUGAAACACAGAGUUGCAAUCUUGAAGUGGAGAAUAAUAAUGGUUAUGUCGUUAAGCCGGUUAUUUCAAGAAUUCAAGAUAGGAUUAGGAUAAAUUUAAAAGGUGUGAGGUUUAAGGAUGAGAUUAGAGAGCUUAGUACGAGCUUAGAGAGUGAGCUUGAUCAAGUUAGGAGCUUGGUAAAGGAGGUCGAAGCUAAACAGUUUCAGCUGACGGCAUAUAGAAGUACUAGUAUAAAUGAUGGUAGUGUUACUACGGUGCCUGGUGGUUCUAUUAGCUCUUAUAGUCAUUCCCAGUAUAACAUGGAUAAUGGUGUGAUCAAGAAUAGGUCUUUAGUGCGAAUGAAUUCAGAUGUGCGUUCUGUGGGGCACAUUGGAUCGAGGCCAUUCCAGCGACCUAGUUUUCUAAUUGUGGAAAAUAGUAAUGGUUCUAGUGACUUUAUGGAGAAGGAGAAAAGGACCCCGAAGGCUAAUCCGUAUUACAGGAAUUCAGAGUUUCUCCUCGGUAAGGAUAGACUGCCGCCUGAAAGCAAUAAAAGAAUGAGGCCUAAUGGGUCUGGGAAGAAGCAUAGUGGUGAUUCGGAGAACGGUUUUGGGUUUGGCUUUGAUAAGCAUAGACUUCAGGUGUUUAGGAAUUGUGGCAGUUUGCUUGAGAGGUUAAUGAAACACCAGCAUGGUUGGGUGUUUAAUGAGCCAGUGAACGCGAAAGCUCUUGGGCUGCAUGAUUAUCAUGUCAUCGUUACUCAUCCUAUGGAUUUGGGCACAAUUAAGACUAGGUUAUCUCAGAAUUGGUACAAGUCUCCAAGGGAAUUUGCAGAGGACGUGAGGCUCGUCUUUUAUAAUGCCAUGACUUAUAACCCUAAAGGGCAAGAUGUUCAUGUUAUGGCCGAACAUUUAUCAGAGAUUUUCGAAGAGAGAUGGGCAGUUAUAGAGGCCGAGUAUAAUUCAGAUUGGAGGCACCAAACGUAUCAUGAUGCUGGUACUCCCACUCCCACCUCAAGAAGGACCUCUUUUGCUCCUUCCUUUCUCCACACCCCAGUUACUUCUCAUUCUCUUGCUCCAAUUGCUCGUCAACUGCAGACUUUGGAUAGAUCUGAGUCAAUGACUAGGCCGGUGAAUCCCAGGAUGAAGACUUCAAAUAUAGUUCAUGUUGCUAGGACCCCAAUUCCUAAGAAACCUAAGGCAAAAGAUCCCAAUAAGAGAGACAUGACGUAUGAGGAAAAGCAGAAACUUAGCACAAAUCUUCAGGGUUUACCUACAGAAAAGCUUGAUGCAAUUGUUCAGAUCAUUAAGAAGAGGAACUCAACACUUAAUCAAGACAACGAUGAGAUUGAAGUAGAUAUAGAUAGUGUUGAUGCAGAAACACUCUGGGAGCUUGAUAGGUUUGUAACAAAUUUCAAAAAGAGUUUUAGCAAGUACAAGAGAAAAGCUGAACUUGCUCUUCGAGCCAGGGAAGUAGCUGCUCAGACUGCUCGAAUUGUGAACCUUACGUCAGAGGUUGCUGAUGCACCGAGAGAAAAUGGAACUGGUGAGAAGGAUACAACUCCUGCUACCCUUGCAGAAGGUGGAAGACCGUUGGGUAGUGCAAGUAGGUCUAGCAGUUCAAGCAGUUCCAGCAGUGAUUCAGGCUCAUCCUCUAGCGAUUCUGAUAGUGAUAGUUCUUCAGCAUCUGGAUCAGAGGCGGCACAUUCACCUAGGACAUGAUAAGCUCUUCAUCUUUUGCAGGAAAAUUGAUUAUCAAUGCAUUGGAGCCGACGCCUGUUCAAACACUCGUCUGAAAGACGUCUUGUGACUCUUGCAUGAUGGUUUAAUGAGCAUAUGAACUAUUGGCUCUCCUACUUCUCAUAUAAUUGUCAAGCUAUACGCAGAAGGUGGUUAUGGUGGCACUGUGAGAUAUUUAACACCUGUAUGUUGCCAAGAUUGCUUAACCAGUUUGAAUUAAAAUCUUUGUGCUGAAAAUUUAUCCAUUUCAGUGCUCAUUUUCAUGCAUUUGGCAGGAUCAUGCAAGGUCCUGCAGCUGUAACCUGGAUGUACGAAGAGCAUAAUAGGCUGAUGUGUAUUGUUUGUUUGCUUUGGGAGUAUUUAUUGCAUUGUAUAAACACCAUCAGGAAUGGAAAUGACAGUAAGUGUGUACAUAUUUUCUCAA